AUGAACCCCUUAGCAUCGAUAAUGAGAAUUGCCCAAGUAGCGGACUUGGGGAUUUUGCUGAGCUUAUGUAAGUUAUGGUCAUGUGGAAGUAAGCACCCACAGUGGCACCCCAGAAACCUAACGGAUCUUAAUGUUGGAAUGGAUGGGCCGUAUCACAUGCACGGACGGGUGAUCUGUGCUCAGUUGAUCCCAGUGUGGCUUUCAAUAUCUAAAUAUAAAUCAUCUGACACAGUCACCUUAUACGAGCACAGUGACGGAAAAUUAUCCAACUGCUGCCUGAAUUGCUCCGAAAUAUGUUCGGAUGGACCCGGAACCAUUUCAGCCUCCCUAUCCGGAGCCUCAACCAGUCCACCUUCCGAGCGCGUCAUUCACACACCCCCAAACAAUUCCGCCAGAAUAAUUUUUCUCGCGUUCCAAUUCAAAAUUACAUUAGCGAGAGAGUCUGGAACCACUGUGUUCAAUAGGCUGAAACACUUUCACAAUUUUGAUCCCGACGAAUUGCUUGGCAAGCUUCAUCUCGCCCUUAUUUCCCCAAUUCUUAAGCUGACUACUUUCACCUUACCCUUUCAGAAUCGAUGUAUACCUAGGAUUUUCACCAUACCUAAAGCGCUUCUGGACGAAUCCGAACGGACGGAUGAUGGAGGGUAUCUGGAGUUGCGAUUAGUCCAAUCGCUUACACGAAGUGAUCAUGUGGUCGAUAUGGUAUAUGGAAGGAGAAUUUUGAAUUUCAGUAGUGCCAUCGCGAGACAAGUUAGAAGACUUCGACAAACCUCAGCAAAACCUCAUAUAUCAACACCCAUUACUCGGCUCAUGCCUUUGCACCUCGCCCUUAAGCGCGCCAAGCAUGUACCAACCCACCAUUCCCACUAUCCAAGGAAGCCGCAUUCAGGGGCCCCAAACGAAGAGAGACAUAUAUGGAUGAGUGGAGCCAUAGUUUGCAAAAUUGUUGAUUCGUCACUAAAAAGUCGUUGUGGAUUUAAAACAUCGAGUGGUUGUUUUCCAAACGAUGCUCCACGUCCCUCGUUGCCGACCGACCCACACCAAGGCCUUGGUAACUUCUCCUCCCUAAAACUUUACUCCCGUAUAUUACUCAUGCACAAAGUAGUGGGAAUAUUGUCCUGUACCCUAUCUGGCCUUGUUGAGCUUAUUAAGAGAGUCACACUCAAGUGUUUCUGCAUGCACGUAAAGUUUUUCCACGACCAUUCUGGUAACUUGGAGUGUCGAACUCAGGAUGGGUUGCAUAGCAAUCGUUUCCACCAGGAAGUAGUACGAUUUGACUCAGGCUUUCUAGACAAGUUACGUCUCACUUAUCAUAUACUUUUGUUUGCUUCACCUGACAGCAGGAUAACUGUUCUUUUCCCCCUGCUAAAGGCUCUCUCGCAGUCGCUCUCGCAGUCGCAGCUCUCUACCUUAAUCGUAUACUGCUCACCUUUAAGCCUCAUUAAUCGAAUCGUAGAGCAAAAGUAUCAAUCGUACUACUUCCUGUUGGAAACGCUGGCCUCUAUAUCAUCUUCCCCGAAGCAAAUUUGGAGAUGGUUGAAAGGGAGUACAGAGUUAGAUCCUUAUCAAGGAGCUAAAUCGGCAGGUGAAGAAGAGAAGCUAUGGUUGCAAACGCUUGUGGUGAGUAGAAUAAUCGAGAUUGAAUCAAGUGCAGGUGUGUGCGGCAUAGUCCAGGUAUCUAAGCCUUGUAAUCGCCACUUCCAGGGUCGUCCCACCAAGAGCAAACCCGAUUCAAGGACCAUUCAAGGAUCCCGAAUCAUUGUAAGUUGUGAAAGAUGGCUUCGUUGUGAAUCUUUCGCACGACUGCUCGAUUGCUUUGGGUGGCCUGACCACCGAAUGAUGGCGUGUCACUGUCAAUUGGUUCGGGGUUGGAUAUUUGAAGCAGUCUUGGAAGAGAGGGGUGAUGUGGAAGGUGCACAAGUUUUCAGAGCGGAUUCUCUGGGCGUAUUUGAAUUGAGAAUAUACAAGGAUUACUCCAUCACGCGUAACCUGCUAGUACUUGCCUACGUCUUACUAUCGAACUUUUCGUCAAGGGGUUCAGAGACUCGACCUCUUCUUCUCGUAAGCCUGCAAAAUAUCCCUCAAGUGACGACCAAGAUGUCAAUUCUCCCUUAUAGCGGUCUGGGCCGUGGUGCGAAUGGCGGAUCUGAGAAGCUCGGACGGCCACCGCGUUUCAAACAUGCCAAGGUGAAAGCCUUGGUUUUCCCCCCAAUCACGACGCGCCUUCGCAAUCCCGAUGCGGACUGUCGCAAAAGCGCAAAUUGCCUAGGGACAUCAAAGAGCAUUGGGAAUUGUGAAUGGUUGAGGAGGGUUCGGCAUAAGAAGGCUACUGAGGCUUUCGUUUUGGACAAAGCGACCAUCACCCACAGAAUACUGCAGUUUCAUGCAUGCAGAAAUAUUUACCCAAACCAAAUUUCUCGGCGCACUAGAGGGAAACACGAAACAUCUUGGCGGCAGCUGUGCCCUAUUGAAGGGCACGGGAUGUUUCAUGGCGGCUCUCGCCAUUCUCACAGCACCCCUCGCUUCCACCGUCUCUCUUGCGACAGCUGCAUUCUCUGUCAUGAUCAUUUCACAUUAGGGAUCUUGUUUCCAUUACCGCCCCUAGCUCAUAUCUGCCCAGGACUGGGGACCCUUCAAUAUCGGAGCAAUGCUGGAAUGAGGAUUGGCUCGACAGCCAUGAAAUCCUUCUGUGCAACCGAGAAUGCACAGCGGGUCUUGGAUAGAGAUAAAUACUGCGAACAUCCGACACACUUUUUUUGGGGUUUUCAACCAUCCACUCUUUUCACACCCUCAUUUGAGUCUUCACUGAGUGAAGCUGGGACAUUCUUUGCUUGUAUUCGCUUCUUUGAACAAAUCAGCUUUACGUAGCUCUUUCACCAUAACCUGUCGUCACCGCCAUGUCAUUCGCUUCUAAAUUUGCCUUGCUUGGCGCUCUUGCCACAACCGUUGUCGCCCAUGGUACCGUUACCGGCUUUGUGACGGACGGAACUUAUAACGGCGGCUUCAAACUAGAUUAUUAC